GUGCUGUUGGUAAGCAGUAGCCGAUACCCAGAUCAGUGGAUUGUACCAGGUGGAGGAAUGGAACCAGAAGAAGAACCAGGGGGAGCAGCAGUCAGAGAAGUGUAUGAAGAGGCUGGAGUAAAGGGGAAACUAGGCAGACUGCUUGGGAUAUUUGAGCAGAACCAAGAUCGGAAGCAUAGGACAUACGUUUAUGUUCUCACUGUGACUGAAAUACUGGAAGACUGGGAAGAUUCAGUUAAUAUAGGAAGGAAAAGAGAAUGGUUUAAAGUAGAAGACGCGAUCAAGGUCCUUCAGUGUCACAAGCCUGUUCAUGCAGAGUACUUGGAAAAACUGAAACUGAGCUGUUCACCCACUAAUGGAAAUUCUGUGGUUCCCCCUCUUCCAGAUAAUAACUCCUUAUAUGUCACUUCUGCACAGACUUCUGGGUUGCCCUCUACUGUGAGAUAAACAUUUGGAUUACCUUUUUAUUCAUGUCAUCACAAGGGGAGAGACAUCAGUGUUCACAUGUUAGGCAUCUGUAUAACUGUCGGUUCUAAGUAAAAUAUGUGGAUGUGUUAUGUCAAAUUUGUUUGAACAUAUUUUUCCUUUUUAACAAUGUAAAAUAAUAUUUCAGCAAACCAAAGCCAUAUAUGGAUUUUUUUAAGAUGCCUUAAUAGGCCAUUUUUAAAAAAAGAAAAUGCAACUUGAAUAUAUAAAUUUCCAUAUCUGCUAAAAUAAAAUAUGCAUCUUGAUUGUGUUCAGCUUAUUGAAGACUUGUCAGUUUUAGUCAGUAGUUCUGCAAGAGUACUUGCUUAGAGCAAAGCUUGAGCGAAUAGUCUUAAACUAUACUCUUACUUGGUAUCCACAAAUGAAGUGUUAAGAACUUAAGAUAGCAUGAUUUGGGGAAAACAGGUGUUGUGAAGGAAGAGAUGUGUGACUAUAAUGAAGCACUAAAACAUUCAGCCUAUUGCAGCAAAGGAUGCCAACACUAAGCAACAUUUGCCUCAGUCCUCCAAAAGGUUGCCUUGUCCUAUGCAAUCUUCACAUAAUGUAGAGAACUAGAAGAGGAAGAAUAAAUUCAUGUCUUGCAACUACCAAAACCAUUCAGCAUACUUUAGUUACUUGGCCAGCUGGUAAGAUGUCUGAUGUACGUGAAGAGUGUUGCAGAUUUCCCUCAUCCGUUUGUUUGUUACUCCUAACAUUAAUGUUCAUUUUGUUCAUGGUGCAAUUAUUUUGUAGGUUCCAAAAAUCUUCUUGUUUUCAGUGAGAAACAUCUUACGUAGUGUUCCUGCAGCCCUUGAUGAUAUAAAAAAUGUUUAGGGAGAAGUAAGACUUGUCCGAGGGGCAUCUUGUAUUGUUGAGUUGUCUAGUUCCUGCUGGGCAAGAUUGCUUGCUAAUAGACUGGUACUUCCUGGGCUUGGAGGCAAGUGUGUUGAUACUUACACUAAAGGAGGAAUAAUGUUUCUUUGUCUUAUCAGCUAUGCUGAAAAAGCCCCAAUGUUCAAUUAGUUCUUAAAUACUUUAAUUUUGCUGUUUUUAACAUCUAUUGCUUUAGCUUUUUGAAUUGAAAGCUGACCUCUUGGUGAAACUGAGCUGGAAGAAAUGAGGUACAGCUGAUAACUUUCCUGUUCAUUUUUUUUCUUUUCUCUUUCAGCCAAAAAGAUGAAACCCAAAUCCACUGUAGGUCUUAAUAUAUUCUUACCAUAGGGUUGGUGUGCAUGUGUGUGAUUUUCUGCAAGAACACAAUCUAAUUUAUUUGGACAUCCUAAUUCUGAAUUUUUUAGGAUCUAAACAUUAGACCUAAUUGUACCUCCUCUCCAGUCAGCCAAAACAGGUUGAGGUAGAACACACUGCCUCACAUGUGAAGUUUAUUCUGGGUAAAGCUCAUUCUCUUGCAUCAUUUAAACAUUUGUAAAUAGUUCAACUAGUAAAUAGUGAGUGUAAAAUGGAAAAUAAAUGUAAUUUAAACCUUUUGUUACUCAAUACACAAAUGGUUAACUUCUACUUUUUUAACACAAAUUGUGUAAAAUGCUGCUAUAAAUUAAACUUUUUUGUGCUGUUACACUUUUUUAGGAAAAAAUACUGUUGCCACAAGAUUGGUUUUUCUAGAAGAGUAACUUGUGCCAUAUGUAAAUGCAGUGAAACUAGGGAGACAAACGUUCCAAUCUCUUAAUGCUGCUGUCUUUGAAGAAGCAUAAGUACUACUGACAAAAGGCAUGAGCCACAAAGCUGAAGAAUUGUGAAAUUCUGGGUAGAAUGCAUCUUUUCCAUCCCUGUAUCUGCUAUUCCUGGUCACUUCCAGAACUGGAAAAAACAUGCAGCUCUUUUGAGGUGCAUCUAAAGGUGGUGGAAGUAUUGCAGAUAGUUUAGUUUUACUUCCAGUAAGGAGGUGGUUGGAGGGGAAGAGUGUGAUAUUUCAGUAGUUCACAAGAGUGUAUGCAGACUUCACGCUGAACCUAAUCCAGACUGGGACACCAUUGGCUCAGCCCAUUUCUGAGAGCUUAUGGUAGACAAACCUGAGAACAGUGGAAUCAGUGGAAUUAGGCAUUUUAAAGAAUGUCUGAUCUUUGUUAAAAUUGCUGAACCACUGUAUGUAAGGGUACCUCUGGCUCUAAAGCUGCCUUUAAAAGAGUGAAGAAUUUAGCUCCCUUUUUUUAGUCACUUACAGUUGAUGCUUUUUUCUUUUUUGUUCAGUAGUCAUUUUAACACUUUGAAUUGAGCAAACUUGUACAGGCUUUCUUGUGACAAGAUUAUAAUCUGUGAAACUUAAACCAAGAAUCCAGAGUUGAAGUUCUUAUUCAUAAAAAUGCUUCUGUCUCAGUUUCAAAUUCUUGGAAUGAAACCAAUCAGAGCUUGUAUGAGAUUUAGUGGUAAUGCAUGAUCUUAUUUUGUAAUCUUGAAUUAUGUAUUUGAUAAUGUAAAAAUGUACAGUACUGCUGUUGCUGACAAACUCAGAGUUGAUUGCCUAUAAAUAUUUUUGUUAUUUUUUGGUCAUAUACAUUUGAGCUGUUCAGUAGUGCCAGAUGGAUUUUUUUUUAAACAGCAUUCAUUGUAUAAAUCUCUUCAGUCCCUAUGCAGCCUUCAGAAUGAAGCUCAAUAUUGUUUAGCUUGACUUCUGCCUUUUAAAGAUAAAUGUUCGGUGAAUUGUACAAACCUGCCAGUGAAGGUAAUUUGAGAAUACUUCAGUUAUGCUACAGGAACCUAAUGCAGUAAGUGGGCAGUGAGCAUGUCCUGGCUCUUAACUAAAUUUAACACUAAACUUAAACAGAAAGGGCCUGUGUAAAAGUUGUGAUAGGAAGGCUGAAAGGUAUCCUAGUUCCUGUUGAUGUAAAUGUACCAAACCUAUCUGGUACAGAGCAGAUUCUGGAUAGCUCUUAUACCAUAGAGCCUGUGUAACAUAUCCCAAUUCAGUUCUUCAGUGAAGAAAGGGAAGAGAGUGGUCUCAGCUGCAAGUGUCAAAGUUGACUUCGCACCACUGCUUUUCCUGGCUGUGACUAGCAUGAGAUUAUGGUAUCAAACAAAUAGCCUUAAUCUUUAAACCCAGGUGGAACUGGAAUUAAGUGAAGUGGAUGUUUUGAACACUGCAAGAAAUAUUGAGGUAUUGCACAGAGGCUGUUAAAGUGAAAAAUCUUAUUUUGGUGCUUAUUGCACCACUGAUGUAGUGUAGUCUCUUAACCAUGCGCUGUGG